AUGCGUAAGCUCCCUGCUAGCCUUCACGUGCGAUGCUUUGCCAAGGUCAGCCUGGUGAGCUCGGAACCGCCGAUCUUACUGGAACUGGGAUCGAACCUCACCUGGCGUGGCCGCUGGCAGCAGCGAGUGCGAGAAGGAGGCUCGACACUUCCAGAUCUUUCCAAGGUCGAGAAGGACUCGCCUUUCGGAACUGGUCCCGGACGAAAGGUGACGUGCGUUGGCACCUCGGGCGUCUCGCUACCAUCUGGCUUCACAGAGCCAUCCCUACAGCCGUUGGUGCCUGCACGAAACAUCGAAGAGGUUUGGGCAUACAACGAUGCAGGCAGAUACGGGGCCAGCGUACAAGGCAUGCGCUUCGCUGCCAUUGCCGUAGCAAGGGGUGAAGACAAUGGUGGCAGCCUACAGAUAGUCUUCGGCACCGAUGUGCCCUCUGCUGCCCCCGUCUGGAAUGAAGCAGACUGUGAUUUCGGAACUUCGCUGAAGUCCGGUGCAAGGGCGGAUUCUGCAGCCAAGUCUGCAGCCAGCAAUAUCACCUGGGAGGGCACCACCUGGCGAAUCUACCGCCAGGUGACAUGCGUCGGCACCUGGGGAACUCAUACCCCCUGGUCAUUUGUGAAGCCUUCAUCGACACCGGAUCCAGUUCCCAAAAGCUUGACUGAGGUUUGGGAGGCAAAUGUAGCUGGAGACUAUGGCUCCAAUGCCGCAGCCUCUGCAGAUGCGACUGUCAAGGGCAUGCGGUAUGCCAUCAUUAGUCUUCUGGAUGGACAGAAAAAUGGAAAGUACCUCAUCCUUUUCAGCAAUGCUUUGCCACCGGAGUCAGAGAAUUUGUGGGAUGACCAGGACUGCGAGUUCGGUACCAAGGCACGCAGCCAACAGCCUCAUCGAGGUCGUGCCAUCAGUCCCAGCAUCGUGCGAGGCACUCCUGAUGGGAAAGAGAAAGAGACGGCCUUUGGCGGGACGACCUGGCGCUUCUACAAGCGCGAGGCAAGCUGCGCUGCAAAAGUUGCGAGAAUCGAGACUGGCAACCUUGUUUGCGAGAGCAACAACUGGUGGGGAGGAUGGAGGAAUAGCAGAGACUGCACUCCCCAGAUCACAUCGCAGGGUGAUCUGACCACAUGGAAUAGGGGAUAUGGUAUCCACUUCACAGAAUGGGCGAAGAUCACGCUGUCGCAGCCUGCAAAGGUGUCGCAGGUGGAGGUCUUUCACUGGAGAGGCCUUGAGUGCCCCUACGAGUUGCAAUAUGACUCAGGGGAUGGUCGCUGGGUCAAGGCUUGCGAGGUUUCCGGCACUGUCGCCGGCAAGGAGACCUGUUCAUCUGGAUUUCCAGCCGCACCACUGGGAGCUCUUCGGAUCUGGAAGCCACGACAGUCGCGGUGCCCUGAUGUAUGGUUUCGCCUCACUGGAGUCCGUGUGACAGGUGCCCAAUGCCAGGCUUGGUCGAAGUGCUCGCAGCCCUUCAUUGCAAAAGCUGCCUGGACUGCUUCGGGCAGCGGAAACCGGGAUGGUGGCCUGCGCGGCGAAGCCAGGCUUAAUAGUCGCAGUCUCUACAAUAACUUGACGACUACCUAA